CGUGCCCGGGGCGCCUCGGCCGCUGUCCCGCGCGCUGCUCGGGGCGGGGCUGUCCGGGUCCUGCCGGGCCGCGGCCCCGCUCCCGGCUCCCCGCGGCGCUCGGGAUGCUCCCGCGGCUGCGGCGCCGCGACGGCUGGUGGCAGAGGUGACAUCUCGGCGCUGGAGCAUGGUGCUGUGAGGACGAGCUGCCCCUUCUUCCCCUACCGAGCACCAGGAUGUGCGUUGCCCGCGGCCGCAGGCUGCCCCUCGCCGCCCUCCUCCUGUGCCUCCUCCUGCAGCAGCCAGGCAGCAGCAAGGCAUGGAAGCAGCACGCCCCGCGCCUUCGUCUCGCCUACAGAGACCUGCUGAAAUCCAACAGCUCUCGCCUGUUGCUGGCCUCAGGGGAUGGGCUGGAUUUCCAGGCUCUCUUGGUGGAUGAAGACAGGGCCUGGCUGAUGGCGGGAGCCAAAAACCACAUCUUCCUGCUCCAUCUGGACCAUCCCAGCAGAGAGCCCGAGAAGAUUUUCUGGCCAGCCUCCAGGGAGCAGGUCGAGCAUUGCCAGCUGGCGGGGAAGAACCCGGAGACAGAAUGUGCCAACUUCGUCCGACUCCUCCAGCCCUUCAACAGGACCCACGUGUUGGCCUGCGGGACGGGCUCCUACCAGCCCGUCUGUGCCUUCGUCCAGCUGGGAGCCAGAGGGAAGGGUCCUGGUGCACCCACCAUGCGGUUGGUGUCCCACUCCUUGGAAUCGGGACGAGGACGGUGCCCAUACAGCCCCCACGAACCCUUCACGGGACUCCUCGUUGAUGGGGAGCUCUAUUCAGGCACCUCCAGUGACUUCAUGGGCAGCAGCGCUGCCUUCUUCCGGACCAGGAUCCAUGGGGCUGAGCAGAGCUACAUCCGCACCGAGCAGAACCAGGACCACUGGCUACACGAGCCUGCGUUUGUCAGUGCCUAUGCCAUCCCCGACACCUACAAUCCACACGACGACAAGGUCUACAUCUUCUUCCGUGAGACAGCCAUGGAAGCUGGGCCGUGGGAAAGGCGGCACAUCCACGCCAGGGUGGCCCGGGUCUGCAAGAACGACGUCGGAGGGAAGCGCAGCCUCAUCAACCGCUGGAGCACAUUCCUCAAGGCACGCCUGGUGUGCUCCAUCCCUGGGCCUCAGGGCACCGAGACCCACUUUGACCAACUUGAGGAUGUUUUCCUCCUGCGCACCCGGGACCCCCAGAACCCCCUCGUCUUCGGCCUCUUCACGGUGUCGAGCGGUGUCUUCAGCGGCUCCGCCGUCUGCGUCUACUCCAUGGCUGCCGUGAGAGCUGCCUUCAGCGGCCCCUUCGCACACAAGGAGGGAUUCGACUACCGCUGGGUGGAAUACAAGGGCCGCGUCCCCUACCCGCGUCCCGGCACGUGCCCCAGCGAGACCUACGACCCCCUCCUGCAGUCCACCAAGGACUUCCCCGACGAGGUGAUCAGCUUCAUGCGCGCCCACCAGCUGAUGUGGGAGCCCGUGUACCCCCAGGGCCGCCAGCCCGUGCUGGUGAGGGCCAACGUGCCUUACCGGCUGCGGCGGCUGCUGGUGCACAGGCUGGAGACGGAGAGCCGGCACUACAACGUGCUCUUCCUCGGCACAGAUGAAGGUAAAGUCCUGAAGGUGGGACUGGCCGGUGGGGCGAACCGUGGCAUGGAGGUGAUCGGCCUGGAGGAGAUCAGCGUCACUAAGGUGCCUUCUCCCAUCCUGGACAUGAAGUUAUCGCCCAAGCGGCAGGAACUGUUUGUGAGCAGCACCCACGGGCUGCUCCAGCUCUCCCUGUACCGCUGCGAGCUCUACGGCAAAACCUGCACUGACUGCUGCCUGGCCAGGGAUCCCUACUGCACCUGGGACGGCAGGUCCUGCGCCCCUCAGCUGCUCACUGAGAAGAGGCGUGCCCGCUGCCAGGACGUGCUGAGGACUGACCCCCUCACCCAGUGCCGGGACACCGCAGACGGGACCGCUGCCGUGGAGAAGCUCGUUUUUGGGGUGGAAAAGAACUCAACCUUCCUCGAGUGCCUGGCGCGCUCCCCGCAGACGACAGUCCGGUGGCUGGUGCGGCACGGCGAGGAGAUGGCCCUGAGCGAGGUCAGGAACAGCGGCCACUUCUCGGUGCUGGAGCAAGGGCUGCUGAUCCGGCAGCUGGCGAGGGAGGACGCGGGCACCUACGAGUGCCAGGCGGUGGAGCGCUCCUUCUCGCGGCCCCUCACCCGGUACAGCCUGCGCGUCAUCAGGCACGAGGCCAUGGAGGUGCCACCUCCCCACCGGAGCAAGGGCGCCGAGCUGGGGGGGCCCCACCAGAGCCCCCAGCCCCGGAUGGACCCGCUCCCGGGCUACAAGGGCUUCCCACGGGCGCUGGGGGCACCCGGUACCAGCCUGGAUGCCUACUGCAACGCGCUGCGGCAGCAGGAAAGGCAGCGGCAGAAAGCCUGGCACCAGAAGUGGCAGCACCCGUCCCCGGACAGCAAAACCGGGCGGGUGCGGAGGCACCCCCAGCGCCUGUGAGGGGGCAGAGGCAGCCGGGGCCGCCAGCAGCUCCUUUCUCCGUCUGUCCAGGACCCUUCUCACACGCCGGUGUCUGCUCCGAGACACCUCUCAGCUUCCCGUGCAGAAACGCCUCGCCAUUACUACCUCAAAGCCUGCCCAUCGCCCCUGUCGCUCCCCGGGGCUCAGUGGGGCGAGGGCACACAGCCCGCACCGGCUCUCCGAGACUCAGAGCUAUUUACACCCUGCAGAGUAUUUAUUCACCUUGUUUUCCCCUGGCCCUUAAGGACAAUCAUUAACAGCAGCAAUAACGAGCACAGAGGACAGAGAAGGGAAGCAGCCGGUUCUCACAAAUGGUUCCUCAACACCCAGCAGCGUCCGGCCCUGCUGCGGACACCCCCGCACACCCCUGCCUGCACCCAGCUCGCUCCCCUCUGGAGGCAGCUGGCUCCUCAGCGCGGGGUCAUGGAACUAUGGGAUGGUUUGGGUUGGAAGAGACCUCAAAGCCCAUCCAUUUCCACCCCCUGCCACGGGCAGGGACACCUCCCACUGGAUCCGGGGCUCCGAGCCCCAUCCAACCUGGCCUGGAACCCCUCCAGGGAUGGGGCAGCCCCCACUGCUCUGGGCACCCUGGGCCAGGGCCUCCCCACCUGAACAGGAGAACGUUUAUGCCAUUUCAGCUUAAAACUCUUCCCCUUGUCCUCUCCCCGCACUCCCUGAAGAAGAGCCCCUCCCCAGCUCUCCUGGAGCCCCUUUCAGUGCUGGAAGCUGCUCUAAGGUCUCCCCACAGCCUUCUCUUCUCCAGGCUGAACAACCUGAAUUCUCUCAGCCUGUCCUUGAUCGGGAGGUACUCCAGCCCUCGGAUCAUGUCCAUAGCCUCCUCUGGACUUGUUCCAACAGUUCCAUAUCCUUCCUCUACGGGGGAUUCCAGAACUGGACACCAGGCUGCAGGUGGGGUGAUCACCUACGGAGGUGCUGGAGCCCACACGCCGCUGGAGGCAGAGGGCACAGCCGCUUGCGGAGCUCAGGCUCUGCCAGGUGCCCACGCCCAGCUCUGCUCUACUUCACUCGGACGUUCACUUUCCCAAGAAGAGAGCGCGCGGCAGGCGGCGGUUAUACCAACUUACAGUUUAUUGUUUUUUUUAAAAAA